ACAUGCAUAUGCCAUUCCGGGCUUGUGACGUACUACCAUGUCAAUCCUGAGAGUUCGGUGUCGCCACAAGGAAGUAUUUUUCCUAGAGCGCGGUUGCUUCAUUUCUCAGUUGCUCCGAACAAUGUAACGGCAGUUGCAACAAUGUUUGCUUGGAGGCUAAGAGGCAUUAUUCUCGUUGUCCUUGCGACAAGCCUGUUUGUAUCAGGUCAUAAAGUACGUCGAGAGAACGGCUGCAAGAAAGCCUUGAGAAAAGCUGCGAGUCCUGAGAAAAGCGAUCUGCAUAAAUCAAAGGUAAACUUCGAGGUCUGCUUUGAAGUUGAAGGCGUGACAUACUACUGCCCAGGAGAUGACAGAUGCUGCUCACCAGGGAAUCCGGAGAGUAAGUGUUGCCCUGCAGAUCAUCCACUAUGCUUACCUGAAGAAGACCCAGAAUUUUGCUGCCCUGAGGGAUAUCCAAAACUGUGUGGAGAGUAUUGUUGCACGGCUAGUAGCUUUUGCUGUAAUGAAGAAAACUGCUGUUUGGAUGAACGCGAGUGUUGCGGGGAGCAGUGCUGCGAGGCUGAAGAGAAAUGUUGUGGAGGAAAUUGUUGUGAGGCGGGUUUAUUUUGUUGCAACGAAGAAAGCUGUUGCCAGGACGAAGCUGCUUGUUGUGGGAAGAAUUGUUGCACCGGUGAAAAUUCUUGCUGCAAGGAGAAUGCCACUGAAACGUGCUGCAACAAAAAUACCAUGGGCUGUUGUGACGGAUACGGAUGUGUUUCUCCUUGCCAGUCCCAGUUUGAUGCCAUUGGGUGCCAGUUGUCGAGGUUUUCCCUUGAGGAGGAAGAAUUAUUGGCAGAGCCUCUGACGCUACCAGAAAAUAUUUAUCGAAUAUUACGACCAGACGAGAAUCCAGAGGGAAUUGUCGCGAAAAAUCCCGCUGCCCAAAAAACUGUUCUUUCCCACGUUAACUGCGGCAGUCGUCCGCAGUAUGCUUCCCAGUUUAUAUCAACAUCAGCUUCCUUGGACGUGGCCAAAUAUUACAUGGAAAAGGGAAAGGAGAAAGGUCUGACGGGCUUGAGAAUUUGCCAGUUUGAAGUGGAUAAAUUACCUCAGAGUUGCCAAAUUGUAGAUCUGACGACUGAAGAGAACCGAGACAAGUACUUAGGAAACGCUGUGUGCAAAAACUUUGCCAAGGCGUCAGCUGAAGUCCUACUCCAAUGUAGUUUGCCAGCUUCGUGUACAGUUUUUGAUCCCCCACCAAUUGGCAAGAGGAACUUUGAAGAACUGUAGACUUAACCUUUGUUUUCUCGUUACUAGCUGCAAUGAAGCAGCUAAAAACUGAGCUGUAGUUGUUCACCCGCCAGAGAUACAGUCACCAAAGAAUUAACCUGUGAACUGAUACAAGAUGGUAUCUUAAUUUACGAGGCAUAAAUGACAGGUAGAUAUAAAAUAUUGAGUCAAUCGCUUGUGACAUUAAAUGAGAAUCAGUUUCGUGGAUUAAUAUUUUUUAAUGAUGCAACAAUGGUGAACUUUUGAUUUUGGAGAAGCUUGGAGACGCAGAUAGCGACGUUAGUGACUCAAUAAACAUUGCAUCUAAAAACAUUUUUAAAUGUUUUACUUUCAUUUUCUGUCAUAGUUAUUUGCCAUUUUUAAGAAAUUCAAUUUUUGGGUGCCGUUUCAGUCAUCAUGCAACAGCAAAUUAUAUUUUGAAGGGAAAAUAUUGUCAAAUCAAAGGUUCGUCUGAUUACGACAGGAUAUGUGCCGAGGCAAGUUGUUAUCGUUUUGUUAAUUCAUUUUUCGGGAUGAGGACGUUUGCCAAGUUUAAGAAUUAUUAUAGCUCUUCAGUUUUGCCUAGCUUAUGCUCCGACCCGUUCAUUUCUUUUUAUAGUUUUCUCUAAGAUUUAAAGUUGAUGGCUUCAUUGAAUUAAAGGGGCAUCAGAUCUGAAUUUUUUCAUCGAAUCGUUCGCGUAAUUUUAUACAAUUGAACAUGUUGUACUUUGAAAGCUUUUCGUAACGCAAAUUAUAAAAUUCUCAAUUCUCCAAGAUUCUUUUCCUCAAGAUAGGAACCAUUAAAAAAUUAAAUUAAUAAAAAAAUUCUAUGUACAACUCGAUUAAUUAAUUAAUUAAUUAAUUAAUUAAUAAGUAGCUAAUUAACAAUGAAUCAAUUAUUUAUAUGUAAAUCGAACUAGUAAGAUAGCAAUAGCACUUCAAGUCUUAAUCUGUAACGUGGCAUGAUUACCUAACUAAAAGUAAUUCAUUUUA